AUGCCCCGCUGCCUGGACACCGACUUGCCCUGGGAGAUGCUGGACUUUGAGGCGGGGCACCUUAGAGCCCACGAUCUCCACGCGAGUAUGCUGAAGAAGAUAGCGGCACUGGAAGUGCAAGAUCUUCAACAGCCGGGUGCACCGCAAACGGCUCAUGGCAAAUCGAGUGUACGAGAGACUCGGAGAUACGCCAAGGACAGCCACGGAAACGACCUCCCUCGCUCCUCCCGUUGCUCCUGCUUAGCGCAAGACAGACGAGAGUGUAAUUAA